CGAAGAGCGCUACCAGACAUUCUCUCUCUCUAUCUCUCUAUCUCUCUCUCAAGUUCCAGGAGCUUGGCUGUAUCGUGGGUACAUCUGGGGGUUGAGAAUUAUCAUCGAUCUGUGCCGAUUCAGCGGAUCCGGUUUGAUCUUCUUCGUACGUCCCGAAUCUAGAAUUCUUCUCGUCCUUGUGUGAUCGAUCUUCAAUAGAGAGCCAUGUUCUAUGGCACAGCUGUAUGGGACCCUUGGCUUAUAGUUGGGCAGAUUAUAUGCCUCCAGUGCUCCUACUACCUCACCCUAGGACUCUUCACUAUGGUCUUUCUUGGCCUUCGUGUUCCUCGCCUUAGUCUUGUCUACUUCUUCGAUUACGCCACGCUCACUACUUGUACCCUCACUGGUUGGUCUGUAAUGGCCUCGUUCCUCUUCUCUUCACUCGCUGGGGCUGUGUACAUGAUUUUUCUGGUGGAACGGGCACGCAAAUGCUUAGAUUUCUCUGCAACUCUCUACAUCAUACAUCUCCUCUUUUGCAUCAUGUACGGAGGAUGGCCUUCCUCUAUGGCAUGGUGGGUCGUUAAUGGUACGGGACUCGCUCUUAUGGCUUUGCUAGCUGAGUACUUGUGCAUCAAACGCGAACAGCAAGAGAUUCCUAUGGAUCGAUUUCGCUCAAGGGUUUGAAUUUCAUGAUUGGUGUAUGAAACGAGCGAUGAAGAUUCUUGUGGGUUAUCAGGGCAGGGCGGAUCAUUGAGCCUAGUCUUCUAAACAAAAUUUGGAUGUACAGACAGAAUUAGAAUUGGCAGGCCAAGUUCAGCCAGCCAAGUAACCAUGCUGCACGUUGGUGGAAGGGAGUUGCAGUUUUUUAGUGACUUCAAAAUUUAAGACAUUGCAAAAAUACGUUUCAAUUUGUAUGAAAAAGAAUCACUAGACUCGAAUAGCUUCCUGCCGCUAGUGCUUUCAUGUUGCAUCCUGAGUGUCCCAUCCGAGUCCAACUUAUAUAUCUGCCUCAUUUUGAUAGCUUUGUAAUCAGUUUGUUUUUCAUUCGUAGUAGUCUUUUUUUUCUUCUUUUA